AUAGAAAACCAAAGACAAAAUGCCAGGUGUUUCCGUCAGAGACGUUCCAGCUCAAGAUUUCAUUAACGCUUACGCUCAAUUCUUGCAAAGACAAGGUAAAUUAGAAGUCCCAGGUUACGUUGACAUUGUCAAGACUUCUGCUGGUAAUGAAUUACCACCACAAGAAGCCGAAACUUGGUUCUACAAGAGAGCUGCUUCUGUUGCCAGACACAUCUACUUGAGAAAGCAAGUCGGUGUCGGUAAGUUGAACAAGUUAUACGGUGGUGCCAUCAACAGAGGUUUCAGACCACACAGACACGCUGAUGCUUCCGGUUCUAUCAACAGAAAGGUCAUGCAAUCUUUACAAAAGAUUGGUGUUUUGGAAAUCUCUCCAAAGGGUGGUAGAAGAAUCUCUGAAAAUGGUCAAAGAGAUUUGGACCGUAUUGCUGCUCAAACCUUAGAAGAUGACGAAUAAAUGUUUUAAACAAGCAUUUCUUAUUUGUAUAAUAUAAUCUUUCAUGAAGCAAACCUAAUACACAAAAUAUUUAAGUUAGUUUCCUCAAAAUUUUACUUUGUAAUUAAAAAUGUUAC